AUGCGUCGCUUCCAACCCGUGCGAACGGUGCGGGCUUAUAAUUCAAGUGGAGUACAAAGGUGGAAGAAGGCGGUGGCGUUCUCGAUAAUGCAACAGGAGCGUUCCAGCGUAGAGAACAUGUCCAAUGGUAGCGUGGUGCGACGUGGUUCCACCGUGCCUGCACCACUGUCAGCAGCCACUAGCAGGAACAAGAAGUCGCGUCGCCGCUGCUACGUGGGCUGUGUUGCCAAACUUAUCGAUUCAUUUUUGAUUAAUUACUCC